UAAUUAUAGCAAGGAUAACUUUCUCUUUCUACAACAUGACGAUUUCGUUGCAUCGUUCCACGUAUUAAAACUGAAACUCCUUAUUCAUAACACUAGCUCAGGCUCAGUUUACGUUUAUGGUGAAACGUGGGCAGUUAUUGAUAUACAUGAACGAGGCAUACUGGAGGUUGACGGCAGCGAACAAACACAUACACUGAUAUGUAAAAACAUCAAUGAUUUUAUCGAUAGAACGCCUAUAUCAUCUUUCAAAGAGAAGCAGCGAGAAUAUCUGUUUAUUAAACAUACCAUUCCACUACAGUAAUAAGCACUACCAAUGAAAAUGGAAGAAUUUGCUAUCUUCCGAAUUUGUGAUUCGCGACGUACAAACAGAUGUAUAAUACCGGCACUACCAAACAUACAAAGCCUCUUAGAACAAGGUAAGUAAUAUUGUUACCACGACAUAUAUGUUAAUAAUUACCUUUUAUAUUUGCAGGGUCAAUUGCAUUGCAGAAAAAUGUCGAUCAAAUCCUUAUGGAAAGUGAUGGUUGUAAAAUAACCACCGAUCUCGUGCUUGGGGUUUUUCAAGACCAGCUCAUGAUGCUACUAAGCCCAGGAGAGUAUUGGAAACCGAAACAACAGGCGCACUCCAGUGUCUACUCGAAUGAAAAUGGCAAUGAAGUUCCCGAUUGUAACGAAGAUGAAGUAGAAGAAUCUUUGCCAAAUGUAGCUCAGCAAGAUGGUUUCAAUGAAGAAGUAGAACUACAGGAAUCAGCAACUGAAACACUCGAGACACACCAAGUUCAAAAUACAGAUCAGAUGGCUACACAAAUGAUAAUUGAUAUUCAUGACGAUAAGCUUUCGCAAUGCUUCGAUACGGCACUGGAUGAAGUGGAUUACAACAGCAAAUGUGCGGACGAUCCGUUGGCAGACUUCGACGAAAAUCAAUCGCCUAAUACAAGCAAAAAACGGUCCCUCAAUGCGAUUGUAGUCGAGAGAAAUAAGAAGAAAGUUUCUGUGGAUAUGAAAUUUGAAUCAUUCGAAAUAAAUUGGUGUAAAUUGAGCGAUAACUUACUUACGGAGCUAAGAAAAAAGCAGGAUUUCAAAAAUAAAAACCCGAAACUUAAGGUACCCAGAAUGAUGCGGAUCAGUAAUGCAGAUACAAAUACUCUUGUGAACAUUAUAGUUGAUCAAUUGCGGGCUAUAGACACGAACGUUCGUGCAGAUACUAUGGAAAGCGUAGCGAAGCAAAUAUUAUCCAGAUAUCCUUGUCUGGAGUUUGAGGAUGACGAUGGUUUCGGAGCAGGCGAAGGCUACGUAUCAUUAAAGUAUAAAAUGAUCAACAGGAAUGCCUAUCUAAAUCGAUUUAAGGAUCCAAAUAAACCAUCAACUUCUCGUUCAGAAAAAGUAAAGUUGAGGAAUGUCAGAGCUGGAACAAUUAAAGAAUAUUGGACCGAAACAUCGCCGGACUGUACGAAGGACAUUAAGUCUAUGCUUUUGCGCGAAGAGCCACAUCUGCUCACAGAUGAAUUUAUGAGCAAAUCUCAAGCAUAUCUAAGAUAUGUUUUAGAUGAAAAACAAGAUCUUGAAAGUACGUUGAAACAGUUCCCCAUAGUUCGUUGCACAAAGAUUUUGAAUUUUCAUUUUACGAAAGCAACAGGAGUUGACGUUUCAGACCUUCGGAAAUAUUAUUCAUCUAAGAAAAGUAAAAUCAUUAAUUACUCUCUUACAUGCCGGCGUGGGUAUCGUCUGAAAAAUAAUGCAACAGAUCUCGAAGUGUUCAGUUUCCUCGCUUCAUUGCUCGGAGAAAAUAUCGACAACCUCAUCAUACAAAAAGAGGUGACAUGAAAUAAUUCUUUAUGAUAUUUUAUUAUAUAUUAUCAACUUUACAUUGCAGAUUGGCACAUAUAUUGACGAUAUUUCAAUUGAUGUAGCAGGACCAGUCCUCGUUUGUGUUGAUCUUGGAGCAGACAGAUUCGUAUACUACGUGUAUGCGGAAAAUUUACGUCUAAAUGAUGGAGCUGAUAAUAUCAUUGAUGGCCUUGAGAAUUUGAUGGCAGUAUACUACGUACACAAUUUUAUGUACGUUACCAGCAAUGGGAAGUUUCUGGAAUUUGUUCAGCAAUAUUUCCUCAAAAUUAUUCCACUGCUGGGAUCAAAGAGCACUGCAACAAGAGUAGGACGACGUCAGCGCGUCGUGCGGAAGAUCAUCACAGCUCUUUCGGAACAUGAAAUUGUCGACCAACAGAACAAAUGAAGCAGCAAUUUGCGAUAGUCGAGCUCAAAAGACAACUUUUACACGAAAUUUCUAAGCGCAUUAUAUGCAUAUAUAAAUGAUCUUUUCUUUUUAAA